AGAUGGAAAUUUGCGAAUGGCGCUCUGAUCGUUUAAAAUCCUUGACUGGGAAAACUACCUCCUGGUGAACGAGAAAAAAUUUAUCAGCAAGUGUUAUUUAUAUGUAUAGGAUACACACACACACACACUCUACCAAGUGACAAUUGAAAUUUUUUUUUUUUUUUUUUUAUAUAAAAAACAGAAAGAGUGAGAGAGAAAGAAAGCGAGUUAUGAAAUAAAUGACUUGCGCACGCAACACAAGGGUGGUACAUUGCUCCAAUGUUAAAAAUUUAAUUUUUUCGUUGACUUUUUGGUUUUCUAGUCAUCAGCUGAAGGGAGAAAAAUUUGUUUUCUUCUUUUUUACUCCAAAAUAAUAAUAAAUAUUGUAUACGUGGACGUGUUGGGCGGCCAUAAUAUUUUAUUAUUAUUAAAAUUAUUAAAAAUAUUAUAAAUAAAUAAAUAAAUAAAUAAUAAAAAAUGGCUGAUGGUGAUGGUAAUGAUUGUGUUAAAAUAGAAAAUGUCACGAGGGACAUGAUCAAUCAACAGGAGAAUAAUAGUGAUUUGGCAAUUAUUCAUGAUGGUGAUAAUAAUCAGAUAAAUAAUGAUGCUGGUGCUGGCCAAGUUGCUGAAAAUCCAGAUAAUAAUGAUGGUGAUGUUGAUGCUGCAACUGCAGCUGCUCUUGCUGCUGAUGAACAACGACAAAAAUAUCAACCCAGUAAAUGGGAAUCAUUUUUUGCUGUUACAAAAUCAUUGAUAAUAAGAUCAUUGAUAAUAUAUUUUAUAACAUCAUUUUUUAGAAGACCAACACCAGAUCCAAAUAACACUGGUGUUGGUGGCAGUGGUGUACAAGGUAAAUUACCAGCAUCAAAUAUAUUUGAUAAUGGUACAUUAUUUGAUUUAUAUAUUUAUUUAUCGGAAUUGGAAAAUUUUAAUAAUUACAAUGAUAAUAAUGCAUUAAUAUGGCAUGAAAAAAAUAUAAUAUAUGGUGAUUGGUAUAGUGGUGAUAAUAAUGAUGGUACACGUGAAUUUAUUCAUACAUUUACACCAAGUAAACAAUUAAAAAAUAAUGGUUCAAUAUUUAUACAUGUUUAUGCUGUUAAAAGUGGUACAAAAUUAUUAAAUAAUAAUAAUAAUAAUUUAAAUCAAGUAUCAUAUAGUAAAAAAAUGUUAAAUAAAUAUAAAAAAAUUAAAUAUCAACAAAAACAUAAUUUAUUGACUGGUGAAACAACAGCAAGCGAAGAAGAAAUAAAAAAAGCUCAAAUAAUGAAACAAGAAAUAGUAUCACAUUGGCAUCCAAAUAUAACAAUAAAUAUGGUUACUGAUUGGACAAAUUGGAUACAUGGACAAGUUGCACCACCACUUGAUGAAUAUAUUGAAUUUACAAAUGGUGGUAAUUCAUAUAAACCUGUAUUAUUUUUUAAUGAUUUUUGGAAUAUGAAUCGUGAUUAUCAGCCAUUAAAUGACACAAUAAAACAACUUGAAAUACGUAUAACAUAUCAACCAUUGUCAUUAUUUAAAUGGCAACUUUAUUCAGCUCAAUCAAUGAGAAAUAAAUGGACAUCAUCAUUAAUGGGUGAUGUUGCUGGUGAUGAAGAUGACAGUGAUCAAGAUACUCUUAAAGAAACAAUACUUGAAACAAAUAUAUAUUUAUUGGGUGCAACAAUAUUUAUAUCAGUAUUACACAGUAUAUUUGAAUUUUUGGCAUUUAAAAAUGACAUACAAUUUUGGAAUAACAGAAAGUCACUUGAAGGUUUAUCAGUUAGAUCAGUAUUUUUUAAUGUAUUUCAAUCGUUAAUUGUACUGUUGUAUGUGCUGGAUAAUGAAUCAAAUACAAUGAUACGUAUUAGUUGUGGAAUUGGUUUGUGUAUUGAAAUAUGGAAAAUAAAUAAAGUUGUUGAUAUUGGUAUUGAUCGUGUUGGCAGCAAAAUACUUGGUAUUAUACCACGUAUAACAUUGACAAAUAAAAGUUCAUACACAGAAUCAUCAACAAAACAAUAUGAUAAACUUGCAUUUAGAUAUUUGUCAUGGGCAUUGUAUCCAUUACUUGGUGGUUAUGCAUUAUAUUCAUUAAUGUAUUUGGAACACAAGGGAUGGUAUUCAUGGGUAUUAAAUAUGCUUUAUGGAUUUUUAUUGACAUUUGGAUUUAUCAUGAUGACACCACAGCUAUUUAUUAAUUAUAAAUUAAAAAGUGUUGCACAUUUACCAUGGCGUAUGAUGUCAUAUAAAUUUUUAAAUACAUUUAUUGAUGAUAUAUUUGCAUUUGUUAUUAAAAUGCCAACAUUAUAUAGACUUGGUUGUUUCCGUGAUGAUAUUGUAUUUUUUAUAUUUUUAUAUCAAAGAUGGAUAUAUAAAAUUGAUUUAUCUCGAGUCAAUGAAUUUGGUUUUACUGGUGAAGCUGCUGAUUCAAUAUCAGCUAAUCCUCCAUCUAAUGAUGAUGAUGAUGAUGAUGAUAAUAAUGCUGCUGUUGUUGCUAUUACAACUAAAACUAAAGAUAGUGCUAGUAAAAAAACUGAUUAAUUAAUUUCAUUAUAUAGCAUAAUAAUAAUAAUAAUAAUAAUAAAUUCAAUAUGUGUGUGUGUUUAUAAAAUUAUUCAUCAACAGCCAAUUGUUUGCAAAUAAAUUCAUCAUCUUUUUUUUUUAAUAGUAUCUAGAAUAAAUAUUAUUGUAAAUGUUUAAUUAUAUAGAUUGUAUAAUUUUUAUUAUUAUUAUGUAUUUUAUUGCACACAUAUAUUGUGUGUGUGUGUGUGAUAAUUGAAAAAAAAAAUAAAAAAAAUACCUGAAUUUUCAGGACUUCCAAUUAAUAAUUAAUUUCUUAUUGUUUUUUCAUUUAUUUAUUUAUUUAAUUAAUUAUUUAUUCUACACAAGUAUCAUACAUUAAAUCAAAUUAUUACUAUUAUUAUUAUUACUAUUUAUUUUUAUUUUUGUUAAUGAUGAUAAAGGCACUUUUUUUCUUGCAUUCAACAUUUUCACAAUCUUCAUUUUAAAUAUAUAUAUAUUUUAAUUAUACAAAUUUAUAAGUACAAUAUUUUUUUUUUUUUAUAUUAAAAAAUAAAAGAAAAAAGUAGAAUUAACUUUCAAAAGAAUUAUUUUUUAUCUAUCAUGUGAUUUAAUCAAUGAAUAUUAAGUGUGUGAAAAAUUUAAUUAAAUGCACUAAAACUUAUGAUUUUUUUAUCAUUAAAACAAUUAUAAUAAUUAUUAUUAUUAUUUGUUAGUUAUUUUGGCUCCUCUAUAUGUGGUUUAAUUUCAUAAUCAAUCAUUUAAUUUUAAUUUAUUUUAUUUGUUUAUUUAUUUCUAAAUUGUACAAGUAGUGUAAUUUUUUAUUUGUUCAAAAGGCAAGAGACGCAUUACAAUGGUUUUGUACUAAAGAAAUAAUUCAUUGAUUUAUCUACACUGUACAUAGAUGAUUUUUUUUUUUUUUUUUUAAAUUAUUGCUAUUACUUUUUUCCUUUUUUUUUUUUGAAAAUUAUAUGAAAUAUUGAAAAAAAAGAAAAUAAAUCAAGUGGAAAUUAAGUAAAACACAAACGAAUUUGCGUCAUUUUAAGUUUAAAAAAAGCCGCGUUACAUAAUGGCAGUAUUGUCGGCAAAUAACAAAUACAAUAAUUGUGGCAAUAAUAUUAAAUUACUAUUACCAAAUAAUAAAAU